AUGCGUGGCUGCAUCACCCGAGUUCGAGUCGUCGGUUUGCAUGGCCUGUUCCCCGCCGACAGGGCCAAGGGCAAGGAUAGCGACAAGGACACUGAUACACGAACAACCCCUCUCCGGACCGAGGCUUUUAAGCUGACGCUCGACAGGACGCCGGGCAUGUGCAAGCCGUGUGCUAUCCAGGAAGCGUCGUGUCGACCGUCUUGGGCAUGCUGGCUACUGCAGUCGGAGAAAAAAAAGACGUCUUGCAUCCAUAUUUCCGAGCGAUCGGCGGGCCUCCACCCCUCCCUUAUCGAUGAAUCUAGUACAAGUAUUGGACAACAAACCAUGUGCCAUCUAGCCCCGGCCGGCCUUCAUGGCCAUCGGGCCAUGGCUACCGACAGGCAUGCAAGAAAGCACUAUACUUGGACCGCUACGCUGCGCAACACUCGUCAUCCGCUCCCCUCCGAGCCCACGCCGACGCUCUCUGUCUCUUCCGUCUGCCCCGCGCAAGGUUGGCCUGGGCCCGCCCAUCCCAACUGCUUCCCUUCCCUCCCUCCGAUCCAACCGGCGCCCUUGCCCGGCCCUGUCGCUUUCGGAACCUUUUGUCCUCUCCCCGACCCGCGCCAUGCACUGGCACUGCCACGGGCACUUGCCACCUAUGUGUCUGCGCCCUCAUCAUCUACUUACUCUACUCGCUAUCUUCACGUGCUUUUGCCCGAGCAUCCAGGCCGCUGUGCCCGCGCUGCUUCCCUUGCCCUUGCCCAUCAACGCCUCACCUUCCACAUCCACGGUCCCUCCCUGACUCGCCGCCUUCCAUGUACAUCUACUCACAUCCAUGCACAUCCACCCAAGCCCCUCGUCUUUCCUUCUUCACUUCACCACGCCCCCCUCCCCCCUUUGCUCGCGCCAUCCGCUCUCGGCCAUCCGAUGUAAAGAAUCGAUCCGCUCCCUUUUCAACAUGCCCGCACGUGCCGAUAAAGUUUAUACAUGACGG